UUACAAAGCUCCGGACGUUCCGCGGCCCCGGCCGCUCACAGGUGGGGGUGGGGGGGUCCCGGGGCCUAGGACGGUGCGCCGGAGCGGGAGGCGGCAGCGGGCCGGAGCGAGGCCGGGCCCGGAGCCGGGAGGCGCGCGGGGGUGGGCGCUGCGGCCGCGGGUUGUUUAUCUGGAGUACGGAGGGGAGGGGGGAGCCUGGAAACCGCCCCGUGUCCCAUUUCCUCCUCUUGUUUUCGCUCCGGAUUCUCCAUGUUGGACCCAAACUGAGGAGCCCGGAGCUGCCGCCGGGGGAUCGGGGCCGGGGGCACCCGCGGGAGCCGCUGCCCGGGCCGCCCGCUCUCCGUACGGGCCGCCUCCCUUCCCGGCCCGGGGAGGGAACAAGAGCCGGGAUGUGAACGGCGGUGGGAGUCGGAGUCUCGGGAGCCGGAGCGGGAGCGGGCCCCCGCCCAGGCCCCCCAGCCCAGCCCGGCCCGGCCCGGCCCGCGCGCCCUCCCGCCCAGCCGGCCCGGGCCCGCGGGGUUGUUAGAUGGAACACGGCUCCAUCAUCACCCAGGCGCGGAGGGAAGACGCCCUGGUGCUCACCAAGCAAGGCCUGGUCUCCAAGUCCUCUCCUAAGAAGCCGCGUGGCCGAAACAUCUUCAAGGCCCUCUUCUGCUGUUUUCGCGCCCAGCAUGUUGGCCAGUCAAGCUCUUCCACUGAGCUCUCCACAUACAAGGAGGAAGCCAACACCAUCGCUAAGUCGGAGCUGCUCCAGUGUCUCCAGUACCAGUUUUAUCAGAUCCCAGGGACCUGUCUGCUCCCAGAGGUGACAGAGGAGGAUCAAGGAAGGAUCUGCGUGGUAAUUGACUUGGAUGAAACCCUUGUGCAUAGCUCGUUUAAGCCAAUCAGCAACGCUGACUUCAUCGUGCCUGUGGAGAUCGAAGGGACCACUCACCAGGUGUACGUGCUCAAGAGGCCUCACGUGGACGAGUUCCUGCGGCGCAUGGGGGAGCUCUUUGAAUGUGUCCUCUUCACCGCCAGCCUGGCCAAGUACGCGGACCCUGUCACGGAUCUGCUGGACAGGUGUGGGGUGUUCCGGGCCCGCCUGUUCCGUGAGUCCUGCGUGUUCCACCAGGGCUGCUACGUCAAGGACCUCAGCCGCCUGGGAAGGGACCUGCGGAAAACCCUUAUUCUGGACAACUCGCCUGCUUCUUACAUCUUCCACCCAGAGAAUGCAGUGCCUGUGCAGUCUUGGUUUGACGACAUGGCCGACACGGAGCUGCUGAACCUGAUCCCAAUCUUUGAGGAGCUGAGCGGAGCGGAGGAUGUCUACACCAGCCUCGGACAGCUGCGGGCCCCUUAGCCUUCGCCGCUGCCAAGCAGUGGCUCUCCCAGCAGGGGGCUUCCCUACACUGUGCCUUUAUGAUCAGCCUGACAGAGUGGACGCUGGAGCAUCUCACCAGAUGAGGCCUGGAAAUAGAAGUGAUUGGAGAGAGCGUUAGGACAGGUUAGAUGCCAAGUGGGCAAAUAUCAGACCAGCGAUACCCAGAGCUGCUUGCUCCCUGAGUUGGGUUCCCAGGAUGAGUGGGUGAGUGUCUGUCUGUUUGUCUGUCUGUCUUGCCUUGAGCUGUGGCCCCGGGAUACAAGUGUUUCAGGUUGGGGGAGAAAGUGAAUGAUCAAGACCCUCCCCGAGAUGGUCAGCCUCCUCUCUGGUCACCCUGGGAGCCGCAGAGCUCUGUAGGGAUGAAGACUGUUGAAGGCUCUGUUGCCAAACCUUUGACCUUUCCUCAGUGUUGUAAGGCUUAGGCCAAGGAGAAAGGUAGGGUCAGAGGCUGCCUUUGGGCGUCCCAGGCACACAUCUUUCUGAAGCUUUUCUCUAGCCAAGUGCUGCAGACAGACGACGUUGUUGGGAAGAUGAAAACUUGUUUCCAGAACCAGUAGCCCCAGUGGCCAUCAAGUCCUGUGGUCCAAGGGCUGCACUUGCCUCCAGCCGAGUACCUGGGCCGGGCCCUUUCUGUGUCUCCCCAAGGCUUGGGCGCCGGGCCUGCCUUCCUCACCACCUAGCCAUAGUCUUGAACCUGUGGGGAAGGAGAUCUUCUCCCUGUCCUGGAAGAGGACAAAUAACUGAUUUCCGUUCCUUUGACUCAGUUUUAAAAUUGUCUUUCUAAAUAUGACAUGUUGGGCUGUUUUGCUUUUGACAGAGCUGCAGUCCUGGGCCCGAGGGGAGUGUGGGAGGCUCUGGGGGUGCGGGGAAGAGGAAGAUCCCCAGAGCGUGAAUGUGUGUGUCCCCUCGGCUUGUGGGUCAGCUGAGCUUGGGAUGUGUCCCUAAGGCUGCUCUUCAGGGAAUCUCUGCUGGUGCUGCCGCAGGACUUUGCUCACAAGCCCAGGAAGGGCGCUGUGUCCCAGCCUCCUGUGUCUUGGGCAGGGCCCUUUCCUCUUGUGUCUUCCCCCAGGCCCUGGCCUGUGCCAAGUGUCUUCAUCCUUCCUGGCGGUCACUUUUUCUCUCCAGGGCCUCGGGCAUUCCUGCGUCUCCUGGGCCAAGGGGCUGGGUGUUCUCACCGUUUAGUUCACCGACGUACGCACGUGCCUCCUGCCGACGGUCACAGGUCUGCGUGAGCUCUUCACACAGCUGUGCUUUGCGUGUCUCUUUGCUUUCAAAGUUUCUUAAUAGUAAAUGCUUUAAAAAAUAAGUCACAAAAAGGAAGUUUUCCCCAGGAUGGAAAACAAAAGGGGACGUGCUGCUGUCAUUGGGAGCACAAGAGGCCCCCCGGAGGGAGCCCCACUUCAGCAUCACUGCCUUAACUGUGGCCUCCCUCGGGCGGGCGGGAGUGGCUAUCCCCCGUUUUCCCUGGAGGCAGAUGUUCCCGAGCAUUUGUAAGUUGCUUCAGGUGCAAGAACACCGCCCACUCAGGACUCACCCCGUUAUCCUUGCCAGUUUCCACAGCCGGGCCGGGCUGAGGAGCUGGGGGGCCCCAGGGCCGGGGCAGCAGCUUGGUGUCCGGGCCGCCUGGCGUCUUCCUCUAGCGUUGUGAUGCCACGUCCCCUCCCUGUACCACGGUUGUGAGGCCUUGUCUUUCCCACUGGUGUCACGUGAGUGGAACAGGGUCCCCAGAGCCCAUGUGGUUAUUUCCCAGGCAUCAUUCCCUGCAGGGUCCUGCUCCACGCAGGCGGGGCAGAGGCCUCCCGGGCUGGCCAGGGACGCGCGAGCAUCUGGUUCGGAGGCCCCGGCCCAGACCUCUCUCCUGACAUCCCGGGGGGCCUCUCUCCCAAGCCCCGCCCUGAGGGUUAGCCAUUGGCCAGACUGUCCGCCGUGGGGUCCAGCCAGGCUUUUCUGACCAUAAGCAAUAAGAGGCUCGAAGCGGAUCCCGUUCCGAGGACCCUCUCUGCCCACCUGUGGGUCUCCGUGUUGCCAGGUGAAGUGAGAGCCGCUGCCGCCCGCUUUCCUGCCGGGCAUGUCCACAUGUUCCGAGGGGCACGUGACCGGGGCCCAGGAUGGCUUGGUGGGGGUGUCCCUGCUGCUUCUGCACAAAGCCUGGCUCCCCAGGCCGCCUCACCGGAACCGUGUCCUGACCCCCUGCAGCUCCUCACCGGGACUGCCGCCCCCCGCUCACCCCCGCCUCCCUUCCCUGGAGAGGCAGCUCUGCCAAAUACGUCCAAGCAAGGGUCCACCCGUGUGGACCGGAGCCAGCCUGGGGUCAUUCCAUGCUCUCUGGUCUCCAGCUGCACAGUGUGUUCGGGGCGAGAGAUGACCGCGGAACUUGCUUCCUAGAGGAAUCAGGCCAGACUCCGUUUUGGAGGAGGGCAGGGUGGAGAGGGGGCGCGUUCACCCCAUGGUCUGGUCCGGGGUCUCCCCCCCCCCCCUUCCUGGUUGGGGCUGGUCUUCAGGAAGCAACAGGCCACCAGGCCUGGUCAACCACCCCCCCCAGCCCCCCGCCCCAUGCAAGCCAUGCCAGGAAUCUGCCCACCUGUCAGGUUCAGCUCCUCAAGGUGCCUCUUCAGGGACACAGGGUGUCUCUCUGAUUGGGCUUCUCAGUCAAAAGCCUGAUGUUCGUGUCCCUCUCAUAGGGGGAGCUUUGGACACAGGACCAGUUUGGAAAGGGUCGGGGAAGAGUCUCCACUCUGCACAUUGUAGAGGGGGCACUCUGGAGGCCCGUGGGUCCCUUCAUGUAGCGAGGUGGAGUAAACUUGCUUUCAGUUAACCUGGGACCCUCUGUCUCAUUUCUUCCUGCCUCACAAAGAUGUCGACCGUUGUAUGAGUGUGUGAACCCAUCUCUGUUAACAGUGGCCCAGAAGCUUCUCUGUGCUGAAAGCAUGGGAAGUCUACAGGCAGUCAUUCCCUGGGACAUGGGUCCCGUUCCGUUCUGCUCCUCCUACCCUGUUCCUGAGGCCUCCUGCAGUAAGGGCCCCCCCCCAUGCCCCCGCCCCACAGGGCUGCCCUGCCUCCCACGUCCCAGCCAGGCCCAGUGUCUGCAGAAGGUGAGCCUGUUUUCCCCUUCAGGUCUUCAGUCCGUCACGUGCCACUGUUGUCCCUCAGUCGCCUCUUUUGUAAGAUGGGGUUUUCGUUUUGUACUUUUUUUUUUAAUGCUGGUAAAUGCAUUCACGCCGGGGCGGGGAGGCAGCAGUCUGGCCCCCCUGCCCCAUCCCUCUGACGCCCGGGGCCUGCCCUGGAGCAGACCCUCCUCUCUGGGCCUGCGGGCUGCUUCGCGUGCAGUUGUCUCAGAUGUUACACGGCGCCGCCCGACCCCGUCCAGGACGCUGUUGGGGGGGGGGGGAGACCCGCCUUCCCUGUGACUGGGCUGCGGGUCCUGACCACCUUGCUUGCAGGUUCAUGGGUUGGUAAACUUGUGUUCAGAAACUUGAAAUGUACGACGCCAUUAAGUGUCUGUUUAUAUUUUUGGAAUAUUUGUAUUACUUACAAUUAAUGAAUAAAAGUGGGUUUGAAAAACCCAUCCAUGAAUGGGA